AUGGGCACCACACCCCCAUCAAAGCCACCCCCGGGCUUCUCAGGCCCACCACAACAACAGCAGAGUCCACCUUAUGGUGAUAAUGAUGAUGAGGGAAAGGGGAAGCAGAGAGUUUUGCCUCGUAAUCUCGCGCUGUCAAACUACGAUCCCCAGGCCGUGCCCGUACGUCCGCACGAUAUGAGCAUCCCACUCUCAAGCCUCACAGCCUACCAGCUCAGACCUCCAGCUCGACUCUCCCGCGCCUGGAGGCCAAACUGCCACCAUUCCGUCAUGUCAACACUGUACCAGGUCAACGAGCGAUUCAAGUGCGAUAGCUGCAAGAGGUCUCACCCAUUUGGGUGGCUGUAUCGCUGUGUCAUGGACCGAGAACCUCUGAUUAUUGGGAUAAAAGAACUCGGUUUCCAGAUUGCCUUUGAUCAACUGGGCCACAACUUUUCCCAGCAAAUGACACUCGGCAAACACGGCGCAGACGCACGAAGCGAAAAGUACAGCUUCUUGGACGAAAUAUCACAGGAGCAACUCUGGAACUACACUCCAGAAGAGUUGAAGGAGAUUCUCGCCCAACGCGACCACGUCCUGGACGUGAUAACUAACGAGCGUCUUCGGGACCAGGACUUCAACAAUCAGUACGGGUUCAAAUACCCCGAUGACGACCGUCCUUGGAUGCCGGACCCCAAGUAUGAGUGUCAGCACAAAGUCUGUCACAGAUGCCACCCUAUCGGUAGACAAAAGUCUUGGGUUAGUCUGGAUGGUGUUCUGAACGGAGAUAUACCUCCCACUGUAGCCACUGGGUAUUCGUUCAGCCAAGUGAAAAUGAGGCCAUGUGUCGAUGCGGAGACUGUAAAGAACUUGGGAUGUCGGCCUGUUCCACUGGUAAGUCCAUUCUCUUUUUAUCCCAUGUACCCUGAGAUUCCACUGACGUAUUCCCACGAACCAGCCCCGUGGCCACAAAGCCCGUGCCCCUGUAGCUUCUUCUUCUUCUUCGGUCUCACCCAACGAGAUCAUUGA